CAGCAACGGAAGGAGCAAGAUAGAAAGAGAAAGAGAUGGUUGGACCAGUGAGGCCUGAGUUUGUGCUGUUUGGUUCCUCCAUUGUUGAGCUCUCUUUUAACAAUCAAGGUUGGGGUUCCAUUCUCGCCCACCUCUAUUCUCGUCGGGCAGACAUAGUAUUGCGUGGAUAUUCAGGAUGGAAUUCAAGGCGUGCUUUGGAGGUUCUGUCUCAAGUCUUCCCAAAGGAAGGAGGAGUGCAACCAGCAAUGAUAAUUGUGUAUUUCGGGGGGAAUGAUUCAAUGCUGCCGCACCCAUCGGGUCUGGGUCCUCACGUGCCUCUUGACGAAUACAUUCACAACAUGAGGACCAUUGCUCUCCAUCUUCAGAGCCUUUCAGAAAAGACUCGCCUUAUAUUCCUCACUUCUCCCCCUAUCAACGAGGCUCAGAUUCAGAAAUCACUCAGUGGCGUGUUGGGUUUAACGCGAACCAACGAAUCGUGUAGGAGAUAUUCAGAAGCAUGCUUGAAGCUCUGUCAAGAGAUGAAUAUAAAAGCCAUUGAUCUCUGGAAUGCUCUCCAGCAAAGAGAUGACUGGUUAGAUGUCUGCUUCACGGAUGGAAUUCAUCUGUCAAGUGUGGGAAGCAAGAUAGUGGCAAAAGAAAUAAUGAGGGUUCUGAAAGAAGCAGAGUGGGAGCCAAGCUUGCACUGGAAAUCAAUGCCUAUGGAGUUUUCACAACCUUCCCCUUAUGAUCCUGUCAGUGCUGAUGGCAAAACCACCAUUAAUGUCUCUUCUUUGACCUUACCUGCAUUUGUGGAAUGGGAAUAAUUUAUGAAUCAUUUAUUGGACAGCUUAACCAAGUCUAGCUUUUCUCACUAUUGAAUACAUCUUUAAGAUGCUCAACGUAAUUGUUUGUUUGUCUGUUUAGAGACCAUUGUCAAGCCUUUCAAGGAAAAAUAUGAAUAAAUCUUACAUAUUUAUUCUGA